CUUUUCAAUGUACAACUUUUCAAUUUUCUAAUACACCAAAGAUAUUCCUCCUAAAUGGGUUUCUUCCUUUUACUCAUUGAAACUAAAUGCAGUUCAGUUAUUUGAUUAGUUGAUGCUAGAAUUUGACCUGGAGCUUAUAUAAUUAGAAGAGACACUAGUUUUCAUCAUUUAAAAGCCUGGUUAGCAUACUACGGUCUCGUUUCAGGGGAAGUCAAACCUCUCUACUGCUUCUUUUUAUAACCUUUAAGUUAAUUCAGAACCCAGAUAAGCCUUGAUCUGAGGAUGAUAUAACCACCGCAAGCAACAUGGGAACUUCUAGAGAAAACAAGAAGAAGACUUCAAAAAACAUGCUGUGAUGUCUCCCAGUGGAGACAGGGCACGAGGUGCAGGGAAGAGGAGGUGGCCUGAGGCAGGACGAUGAGGAUGCAAUGUUGAAGAAUAAGCUGGAGAAGAGAAGUAACCGGCACUAUGGAAAAAACCAAAACAAAGCAAGGAGAGAAUGAACAUAUGCCGGUGAAUAAUCCUUCCACGCAGAUUUACCAGUUGCAGGCACUGGCCUCCGAACUCAAAACUGGCUUCACAGAAGCAAUGCAAGAACUGUCAAGAAUUCAACAUGGAGAAUAUGCUUUGGAAGAAAAGGUUAAGAGCUGCAGAUGUUCCAUGGAAGAAAAAGUUACUGAGAUGAAGAAUUCAUUAAACUAUUUCAAGGAAGAACUGAGCAAUGCCAUGUCGAUGAUCCAAGCCAUUACCUCCAAACAAGAAGAAAUGCAACAGAAAAUCGAACAGCUUCAACAGGAGAAGCGAAGAGAAUCUCGAAAAGUUAAAGCCAAGAAAACUCAAAAAGAAGAGCACAGCUCCCAGGCCGGGCCUGCCCAAGCACAAGGAAGUCCUUUUCGUUCAAUCAAUAUCCCUGAGCCUGUUCUUCCAAGCGAAGACUUUACCAACCUUUUGCCUUCUCAGGCCUAUGAAAAAGCCCAAGAGUCCAGAUCUGUUCAUGUAGGAGACAGUAAUGUGAAGGGAAUGAUGGGUCCUGGUAAGUGAACCCAACACUCCAGAGCAGAAGAAAACCUCAAGUCUUGCCUCUCAGCUGAUCAGUCCAAGGGCCAUCUCCCAUCUGGCGAUGGGAGGCAGCCUAAGGAUGGUAAAGAAUGGGGUGAGAAUACGUCGAAAGACCCAGAUAAACUCAAGGAGGCUGGCCAGGGUAGACACAGCUCCUUGGAAACUCAGCUAUGUCAGAUUUCUCUUGCUGCUAAAAGACAGACUGUGGCCCUGGAACUGCUUGAAUCUGAAAGAAAAUAUGUCAUUAACAUCUCUCUGAUCUUGAAGAUAAAAGCCACAUUCCAGGGGUCAGAUGGAAAGAGGAAUUCCAAAGAGAGAAGCCUCUUCCCUGGCUCUUUACGGUAUCUCGUCCAGCAGCACCUGGAUCUGCUUCACGCGCUGCAGGAAAGGGUCCUGAAGUGGCCACGCCAAGGCGUUCUUGGAGAUUUAUUCCUUAAGUUAACAAAUGAUGAGAAUAAUUUCUUGGAUUAUUAUGUUGCCUACCUAAGGGACCUGCCUGAGUGCAUCUCAUUGGUUCAUGUUGUAGUCCUGAAAGAGGGUGAUGAAGAGAUUAAAUCUGACAUCUACACGUUGUUUUUUCACAUAGUCCAGCGCAUCCCUGAAUAUCUGAUACAUCUGCAGAACGUCCUGAAGUUCACAGAGCAGGAGCACCCUGACUAUUAUCUACUACUGGUGUGUGUCCAGCGCCUCCGAGUAUUUAUCUCACACUACACCCUGCUGUUUCAGUGCAAUGAAGAUUUGCUUAUUCAGAAACGGAAAAAGCUCAAGAAGUCAUCCAUGGCGAAGCUGUACAAAGGGCUGGCUUCCCAGUGUGCCAAUGCCGGGCAAGAUGCUUCCCCCACUGCAGGUCCUGAGGUUGUCCGUGACACCGGGAUCCACUCAGAAGAGAUGCUACAACCCUACCCUUCUGCUCCCAGUUCUGGCCCUGCUGUCACCCAUCUGAUGCCCCCAGUGAAGAAAAGUCAACAGCAGCAAAGCCUGAUGGAGAGCAUGCAGCCCGGGAAGCCCAGUGACUGGGAGCUGGAGGGCAGGAAGCACGAGCGUCCCGAGAGCCUUCUGGCACCGACGCAGUUCUGCGCGGCCGAGCAGGACGUGAAGGCGCUGGCCGGGCCCCUGCAGGCCAUCCCGGAGAUGGACUUCGAGCCCUCUCCGGCCGAGCCGCUGGGCAACGUAGAGCGCUCCCUGCGCGCCCCGGCCGAGCUCCUGCCCGAUGCCCGCGGCUUCGUGCCCGCGGCCUACGAAGAGUUCGAGUACGGCGGCGAGAUCUUCGCGCUGCCCGCGCCCUACGACGAGGAGCCGUUCCAGGCUCCGGCCCUCUUCGAGAACUGCUCGCCCGCCUCCUCCGAGUCCAGCCUGGACAUCUGCUUCCUGCGGCCCGUCAGCUUCGCCAUGGAGGCUGAGCGGCCGGAGCACCCGCUGCAGCCACUGCCCAAGAGCGCCACGUCGCCGGCGGGCAGCAGCAGCGCCUACAAGCUGGAGGCGGCGGCGCAGGCGCAGGCGCAUGGCAAGGCCAAGCCGCUGAGCCGCUCUCUCAAGGAGUUUCCGCGUGCACCGCCCGCCGACGGCGUGGCCCCGCGCCUCUACAGCACGCGCAGCAGCAGCGGCGGCCGCGCGCCCAUCAAGGCGGAGCGCGCCGCGCAGCCGCACGGCCCGGCUGCUGCCGCUGUAGCCGCUCGCGGCGCGCCCCGGACCUUCUUCCCCCAACAGAGGUCCCAAAGCGAAAAACAGACCUAUUUGGAAGUAAGGAGGGAGAUGCAUUUAGAAGAUACUACCAGAUUCUGUCCCAAAGAAGAAAGAGAAAGUGAACAAACGUCUUUCAGCGAUCAAAAUCCCAGGCAAGACCAGAAAGGGGGCUUUCGCAGCUCCUUCCGCAAGCUCUUUAAAAAGAAGUCCAGUGGAUCAGAAUACAGGGAAAAAACUAAUGAGAAUCCCUCAAUGGAUCCUUCACCCACCAAACAAGAUUUCUUCAGAAACCGACUUGCUCUUGCAAAUGACCUUGACCAAGGAACAGCUGUGUAAAACAUACUUAAAGUUGUAUUGUCAAGUGGUAAGAUGAGGAUAAAAAGCUUGUAUAUAUCUGUGUAGGAAUAUAUAUAUAUAUAUAUAUCGAUGUAUAAAUCCCUGAGGAAAACUAAUAUAAAUACUUACAUAUGAAACUAAAUCAACAUACAAGACAUUGAAGAGAUGAAGAUUAGUUUCUGGUUAAGAUCUGGCUUUUUGAACCUCAACACUGGGGAAAAGGGAAAAGAAGACUUUUCACAUCAUUACAGAAAAACACAAUAAAUUUGGAGGAAAAUAAACAUUUGUAAGAAUGAAAACUUCCACCUUGAAGUCAUUCCCCGAGUAUAAUAUUGAGCAUGUUCAUAUUUAACAUGGAUGUGAAUUUUAUGCUUCCUAGGCAUUUAACUUAUUAACUCAUCCAGUGUUCUUAGACUAAUUACACUGUUAGGGGCCAGUUCUGUCUUGCUUCGUGUCUUCCAAAAACCCCAAGGCAAUAUCUAACAUCCCUUAAGUCAAAGGAUUAAUUAACAGAACUGUAUUUUAUAUGUUGCAAAUCUGAGUUAUGGAGAAUUUGUGCCUAAACCAUGAUUCAGAAGGUUCAAAGCUUAAAAACACAUUGAUCUCCAAACUUGUUCUGUGGUUAUGGAAAUCAGUAAAGGGAACAAGGAUUUCUGUAGAAACUGGGGAGAGAGGAAGGCAAAGAAACAUUUUCCCUUGUGUGGGUUGAGCUGAGGAUGGAAACAGUCCAGUCUGUGUUUACUGAGUACUCGGUAUUCAACAUCCGCUAGUGAUCUUAAGUGUCACACACACUCAUGACCAGAUGGGCUAGGAAAAAAGCAGUGAUUUAGCCACAUCCUCUUAAAAAGACUUUCUGCAGCCUGAAAAGAAGGUGGCAACAGCACCAAACUUCAAUGGCUCACACACAGCAGUUGCUACAAACAGCAGGUCAAAGUGAAAAUUCAGGAUUGCAUUACUUGACUGUUUUCCUAUUUGGUAAAGAAACCAAGCUCUUAACGGCUCAGAUAGAGGAAUCAAAUUGCAACGAGGCCUGCCUGGCUAUGGGGUGAUCAAAUGUGCUGUGUUUCCACAUGGAUAUGUCUAAGAUGGUCAGCAUCCUUGAUAUGCCCCAAACAUCAGAUUUGUAAUAGAAAAAAAAUUGGGUUUAAACAAUUUGUCUUUAUUCUCAGGCAGUUCCCUAUAGUAAAUUAGGGGUAUUUGGUUUCUGUUCAUUCACAGUCUUGGUACUCAAACUGGUGUCUUCAGAAGCUGUUCCUCUAUUGAAGCGUUUGUUGAUAAAAUAGGCAAAGGUUCACUUCUAAGUGUUAACAAGUUUUCUUCUUGUCUGAUGACAAAUUAGGAACUCACCUACUGCAUUUUGAACAGUAGUUGUCUGGAACACAUAAAGGAUCACUGCCAAGUUUUUUGAGUUGCCAGUGUUUAAGUUUAAGCUAAGAUUUUCAUUUCCCUGAAGUUAAUGAAUGCAUUUGAAAUUAGAUUUUUCUCUUAUUAUCAGAAUGGCAGUGCUUGAAAGCACAAUGCCAAAUCGACUGGACAUGGAAAGUGAAAUACUACAGAAGUCACAACCUAUUAAAUAAAACAUCAACA